AUGCCCCUGAUCGAAGGGUGGCUCCCGCCCACGCGGGAGAAUUGGGAAACCAUCACGACCGUGUGGCAGCUCUCGUGGCCGGUGUUCGGCUCCCUGCAGUAUGUCGUCAGCUGGUACGGCAUGGGCAAGACGUCGGUCCAGAGCCGCCUCAACGUCCCCGGCCGCGUCGCCUGGUUUCUAAUGGAAAUCCCCGGCGUUACGACGCUGCUGUACAUCAUGAACACCCUGCCGGGCCAGGCAGGCAUUGACGAUUUGCCGUGGCAGAACAAGGUGCUCGCUGGCUUAUUCACGAUACACUACGCCUACCGCGCCGUCCUCUUCCCAAUCAUCCAGCCCUCCAUGUCGCCCAUCCACGUCGUCGUCGCCCUCUCGGCCGUGUCUUUCCAGCUCAUGAACGCCACCUGUCUGGGCAGCUACCUCGCCGCCUACGGCCCCACCACCCAGUCGCAGUGGGACAAGGCCCUCGGCUUCGGCGGCAUCGCCCAGUUCGUCGCCGGCAUCGCCAUCUUCUACAUCGGGCUCGCCGGCAACUACCUGCACGACGAGGAGCUCCGCGAAAUCCGCCGGGCGGAGCGGCGCCGCCAGGAAAAGGUCGCCCGCGAGCAGAGGCGGCAGGGCGCUCAGGCCGUCAGCGUCGACAAGCACUACCGGAUCCCCGAUGCCAUGCUCUUCCGCCACAUGCUAUUCCCGCACUACUUUUGCGAGUGGGUCGAGUGGUUCGGCUUCUGGAUGGCCACCGGGUGGAGCGUCCCCGCCCGCGCCUUCUUCCUGAACGAGAUCUUUGUCAUGUUCCCGCGCACGAGGACCGGCCGCCGCUGGUACAUCGAGCAGUUUGGCGAGGAAAAGAUAAGGAAGAAGUGGACCAUCAUCCCGGGAGUCUACUGA